UUCAAGCCACAUCGGAAAGAAACAACUAAAUUGCAAAGAAUGCCAGUUAAAUCAAAUUUGUUAUUGUGACCUUGUGAUGCAUAUGAUUACAAGCAAUGUUCAUUUUUAAAGGAUUCUGAAUGUGGAAGAUCCUAAUUCUCUUCGUUCAAGUUGCAUAGGCCUAUCAAGAGUUGGGAGUUGACAGCCUGUAGCGCCCCCAGACGUCGCGCGUGAAAAGGAAAAACAAAAAUGGCGGACGAACAGGAGUUGCGUCGUCUUGAGGAGCUGUGUAAACAGAUGUAUGAGACUGCUGACAGUAAUAUACGUUCAGAAGCAGAAAAAGCACUGGUUUCUUUUGCCAUUUCUCCUGAUUGCCUGAAUAAAUGUCAACUUUUAUUGGAAAGAGGCAGUUCGGCUUAUGCACAACUUUUGGCAGCAACAACCUUAACAAAACUGGUAACCAGACCAAAUGUGACUUUGCCACUGGAACAGAGAAUUGACAUUAGAAAUUAUAUAUUGAAUUAUCUGGCUAACCGUCCCAAACUAUUACACUAUGUAUCACAGGCCUUAGUGCAGCUAUUUGCCAGGAUAACAAAAUUAGGAUGGUUUGAUGUAAAUAAAGAUGAAUAUGUAUUUCGCAAUGUUGUUAACGAUGUUGGCAAAUUUAUUCAGAGUGGAACAACACAACAUGUUAUGACAGGUGUUCAGUUAUUAUCACAGUUAGUUAGUGAGAUGAAUCAAGUUAGUGAGGCAGAAGCUUCUCGCUCCCUCACCAAACAUAGAAAAAUAGCUUCAUCAUUCCGAGAUACCCAGUUAUUCGAGAUAUUUCAACUAGCUUGUUCUUUACUAAGAUCCGCUGCUGGUAAUUUAAAAAGUUUAGAUUUAACAGAUGAUAAUCAACAUGGUCUGUUAUCACAUACUCUAAAUUUAGCUCACAAUGCUUUAACAUUUGAUUUUAUUGGCACAUCAACAGACGAAUCAUCAGAUGAUCUCUGUACAGUUCAAAUUCCUACUAGUUGGAGAACAGCUUUUCUAGAUUUCAGUACUUUACAACUUUUCUUUGAUUUAUUUGCUGGGUUACCAUCAUCAUUGGCACCCAUGGCUUUAUCAUGUCUUGUCCAAAUAGCUUCUGUCAGGCGAUCGCUGUUUAAUAAUGCUGAGCGUGCCAAAUUUCUCAAUAAUCUUGUAACUGGAGUUCGAGGUAUUCUGGAAAAUCCACAGGGUUUAGCAGAUCCAGCUAAUUACCAUGAAUUUUGUCGUCUUCUUGCUAGAUUAAAGUCUAAUUAUCAGUUAGGUGAAUUAGUUAAAGUGGAUAAUUAUCCAGAUGUUAUUAAAUUAAUAGCUGAAUUUACUGUUACAAGUUUACAGAUGUGGCAAUUUGCUCCUAACAGUGUACACUAUUUGUUAAGUUUAUGGCAGAGAAUGGUAGCAUCUGUACCAUAUGUUAAAGCAUCUGAACCACAUUUAUUAGAGACGUACACACCUGAAGUUACUAAAGCUUAUAUUAGUUCACGUUUAGCUUCUGUUCAUGUUGUUAUCAGAGAAGGAUUAGAGGACCCAUUAGAUGACCAUGGUAUGAUAUCACAACAACUAGAACAGUUAUCAACUAUAGGUAGAUGUGAAUAUGAUAAAACAUGUUCUGUAUUAGUUACAUUAUUUGAUGAAUCAGCAGCUUUAUAUCAAGAACUAGUAGCAUCAGGUGGGCAAUCUGUAGAAAUAGCUGUUAGAGAAGGUAGAUUAACAUGGCUAGUGUAUAUUAUUGGGGCUGUGAUUGGAGGUCGUGUAUCAUUUGCGAGUACAGAUGAACAUGAUGCUAUGGAUGGUGAAUUAGUUUGUAGAGUAUUACAGUUAAUGAAUUUAACAGAUUCUAGAUUAGCACAAGGAGGCUGUGAAAAAUUAGAUCAAGCAAUAUUAAGUUUUUUUGAACAAUUUCGUAAAAUAUAUGUAGGUGACCAAGUACAGAAAACCUCAAAGGUAUAUAGAAGAUUAUCAGAUGUUUUAGGUUUAAGUGAUGAAUCAAUGGUUCUUAGUGUCUUUAUAGGCAAAAUUAUAACUAAUUUAAAAUACUGGGGUAGAUCAGAACAAAUUAUAUCAAAAACAUUACAACUACUGAGUGAUCUAUCUGUAGGUUAUAGUAGUGUUCGUAAACUAGUCAAACUAGAUGCUGUGCAAUUUAUGUUAAAUAACCACACGAGUGAACAUUUUCCAUUCCUGGGUAUUAAUAGUGGUACAACACCUAUAGCUGAUAUGAGAUGUAGAACAACAUUUUAUACAGCAUUAGGUCGAUUAUUAUUAGUUGAUUUAGGUGAAGAUGAAGAGAAAUUUUAUCAAUUUAUGUCCCCAUUAACAGCUGCGUUUGAAGCUGUAGGUAAUCUAUUAGCUAAUGCUGGUAAUCCUUCUAGUUUAGAAGAAGCUAAGCGAUCGUUAAUAGGUUUAGCAAGAGAUCUACGGGGUAUAGCUUUUGCUUUCAACACUAAAACCAGUUACAUGAUGUUAUUUGAAUGGAUAUAUCCUAACUAUAUACCGGUAUUACAAAGAGCGAUAGAAUUAUGGUACCAUGACCCUACUGUUACUACACCCGUCCUUAAACUUAUGGCUGAACUCGCCCAAAAUAGAUCUCAGAGAUUACAGUUUGAUGUAUCAUCACCUAAUGGAGUGUUAUUAUUCCGUGAAGUUAGUAAAAUGAUUGUUAUGUAUGGAUCCCGGGGGUUGACGUUGAGUGAAAAUGUACAAAAAGAUCAAAUCUACCCAUUAAGAUUAAAAGGGAUAUCGAUAUGUUUCUCUAUGUUAAAGGCAGCUCUAUGUGGUAAUUAUGUUAAUUUUGGUGUAUUUCGUCUGUAUGGUGAUGAUGCAUUAGAUAAUGCUUUAAGCAUGUUUGUCAAGUUAUUGUUAUCGAUAUCACAGAAUGAUUUAUUGGAUUAUCCUAAAUUAAGUCAGAAUUAUUAUGGUUUAUUAGAAUGUUUAGCUCAGGAUCAUAUGUCAUUUAUCAGCAACUUAGAGCCUCAAGUUUUCCUCUAUAUUUUAUCUACUAUAUCUGAAGGUCUCACUGCUUUAGAUACUAUGGUAUGUACAGGAUGCUGUGCUACUUUAGAUAAUAUUAUUACCUAUUUGUUCCGUCGUUUAACCACUAAAAAGAAAAAAUUAAAUGGAAGUGGUUUAAAUGACAGCGACGCAUUCCUUAGAAUAUUAGAAUUAAAUCCUGAUAUAUUACAACAAAUGUUAUCUACAGUGCUAAAUAUUAUUAUGUUUGAAGAUUGUCGUAAUCAAUGGUCCAUGUCUAGACCAUUAUUAGGACUUAUAUUAUUAAAUGAAGAGCAUUUCAACAAAGUUAGAGGAACUAUUAUAGCAAGUCAGCCGGCCGAAAAACAUCAAACCAUGGCUCAGUGUUUUGAGAAUCUCAUGGAAGGAAUAGAAAGAUCAUUACUCACAAAAAAUAGAGAUAAGUUUACACAGAAUUUAUCAGUGUUUCGAAGAGAUGUAAAUGAUAGUUUAAAAGCACAGAAUAAUAGUCCUACGUCUUCUUCUACAUCACCAGAUAUGAUGACGUAUGGAUAGCGUCAUCAAUAUAUAUAUAAAAACACUCAGCUUGUUAUACUUAAAACAUUAUCGUCAUCAUAUUACUGUACGAUUCUAAAUCAUAGACAGUUUAAUAUCAACCUAUCAUUUCUAUAUACCAUGGUGUAUAUAAAAUAUACAUUAGAAUAACAUCGCUACAUCCCACCAUAUUUUCCUGUUUGUGUAAUUCAGUUGUCUUUCUUGAUGACACAGUUAACUGCUUUUUGUCUUUUCUUCUGCCUGUUAGUUUGGCAAGUGGAAGACACAGAACACCUGAUGUAAUAAUUUGAAAAAAUAAAACAACCAUUGUGUCAUCUUCUGCUCCUUGGAAACUCUUCUGACAAGGGAAUUCGCUAAUAGUUUGUAUGGAAAUUAGUGAUUUAUUACUUCUGAACUGUGUGUAACAGAUGGAGUUAAAAGUCAUACGUUUGAUUGAUUUUGUGUUAUUCAAAAUUUAAUGUUAUUUUGCUGAAGACCAGACUGAUUGAUUGUGAUGGAUAUCAACAAAUAAUCAGCUUUCUUGUAGCAUUGUGUAAACAUAAAACAACUUUGUGCUGAACUUUAUGAUCUGAUGAUAAAAUGGCCAUUAAUUAUGAAGAAAAAUUGAGGUAGAUUAAAACAGAUGGCAUCUAUAAAUUGAGGAUGUUUUAAUAUUAGAAGGCUAUGGAAUACUGGUAAAAAAAAUUUAACACAAAUAGGAACUGAACUGCACAAAGAAUGGCAUUGUACAGUGUAAUCUUUUAGAAAUAUUAGAUGUACAAUAAGUAUAUAUCAGAGAUUAUCUACUUCAACAUUCUCUUAUUACUGUUACCAACACGCAGCUAUAAACUAAGAAUGUCAAUAUUUCUAUAUGUAAAUGGAUAAAAAAAAAAUUCAAUUUAAGAAUUACAGCAAAAAAGAUACAGAUCUGCCUAGUUUGAAGAUUAAAGUUCCAGUAGACCCAGUAAAUUAUCUUGAUAAUUAGAAAUCAUAUGACAUGGAUUAAAGUCAGUGAUUGAAGAAUAAGAGUUACUCAUCUGUGAAUUCGAAUUUUAAACUCUGUUUUUCUAGAAAAGUCAGAACUAAAACAGACAUAAAACAAAUAAUGUUAUUUUGUAAACAGAAAAGUUAUUAUCCAAAACUAUACAACAGAUUUGUUUUUCAAAGUAUGAAAAAGUAUUUUUUUUUUUACAUCCCCAAGGCUACUGGUACUUUAACAAUUGAUUAAAUCUUAUCUAUCUGUGAAUUAGUUUAUAAAUUACAUACAAGAUUAAUUGUUGUCCCCCGCCUUUCGAAGAAAGCAGGGGACUAUUAAAAUGGGUUCGUCCGUCUGUCUGUCUGUCCGUCUGUCUGUCCGUCCGUCUGUCUGUCCGUCUGUCUGUCCGUCACACUUUUUGGGACACAAUAACUCUCUUCCUAAUUGAGCUAGAAUGUUCAAACUUGGUGUAUGUGUUUAUUAGGUCAAUGCCUUGAUGGAGUUCGAAGAUGAGCAUUUUCUGCUUAGGGUAAGCAGAGAUAAGCAAUUUGAUUGGUUGAUGCUUUGGGACACGAUAACUCUCUUCCUAAUUGGGCUAGAAUGUUCAAACUUGGUGUAUGUGUUGAUUAGGUCAAUGCCUUGAUGGAGUUCGAAGAUGAGCAUUUUCCGCUUAGGGUAAGCAGAGAUAAGCAAUUUGAUUGGUUGAUGCUUUGGGACACGAUAACUUUUAAUUGAGCUAGAAUGUUCAAACUUGGUGUAUGUGUUUAUUAGGUCAAUGCCUUGAUGGAGUUCGAAGAUGAGCAUUUUCCGCUUAGGGUAAGCAGAGAUAAGCAAUUUGAUUGGUUGAUACUUUGGGGCACGAUAACUCUCUUCCUAAUUGAGCUAGAAUGUUCAAACUUGGUGUAUGUGUUGAUUAGGUCAAUGCCUUGAUGGAGUUCGAAGAUGAGCAUUUUCCGCUUAGGGUAAGCAGAGAUAAGCAAUUUGAUUGGUUGAUGCUUUGGGACACGAUAACUUUAGUUCUAAUUAAGUGAGAUUGAUGAAACUUGGUGUAUAGUUUCAUUACAGUAAUACCUUGACUAAGUUUGAUAAUGAGCAUUUUCUGCUCAGGGUAAGCAGAGCGAUACGCAAUUUGAUUUUUAUAUGUGUCCUCUAAUUAUUUUCCUAUUUCGGCGGGGGACAUCAGCCUCACUGUUGGCUUGUUAUACAUAACAAACUUGCUAAAGAAAUGCCAAACAUUUCUCGAAACAAAAUUUAAUUUCAACACAGUUUGCUACACAAAAAAUUUUCAUGAGUUUUCUGCCCAAAAGUUUAAGCAGCACAAGUGUAAACAAUUAUCUAAAUCGAUUAUUCUUAAAAGUUUAGUGGAAGUAAACCAUUAGUGCUUAAAGUUAUAAAAGAUUUGAAUAAUGAUAAGCACAGCAAAAAUAUAUUAAUUUGUGUGAAAAUAAUGUAUAUUUAUCAACUGAUGUAUAUGUGGGUAUAUAAAAAUGAAAUGGUUGUGAAUGUUGAUAUAUUAACCGUUAUUUAAUCUUUAGUAAAGUGCUAUUGAAGUGUGAGGCCAUUGUCUACAACAACAUUCUACUUCUUUGAAUAUUUCCCAGUGAAUACAUUAAUUAAAGUACUCAAGCAUUUUCUUUAUUUCAGUAGCAGUUUCUUCAAUUACAGCAAUUUUGAAAUAUAAAAAGUUUAGGAUAGGGAAACAAUCAAGUAUUAUUAUUAACUGUCUCUAUUUCAGAUCAAUUCUGUAAUUACAUGGCCAUAUUAUGUGUAAAUCUAUUGACAUUGGAUCAUGGUCAAUAGAUAUUGCUUAAAUAGUUUUAAAACAAUCUAUUGAUGGUCAUGUUGAUAAAUAUAUCCGAUGACUUUAUCGUCUGCACAUUGGAUGCUUACUGUUUGUGGUAUGUUUGAUAUGCAUUUGUGUUGCUCUGUCUGUUAGAAUCAAUUGUAAUGUAAAAUUAGUAAUAAACUUAAAGGUUAAUUAUCACUUUUAACAAGAAGUUAAAGGUAAUUAAUUUCAUAUACUCUAUACUCCCCUAAUUAUAGACAAUACAAGCACCUGUCUACUCAGGAUAUGACAUUAUUCAUACCAACAAUUGUAGAUUUAACUCACAUUCUGUAUCAAAUCUAAUUUGAACAUUCCCAAAGACACUUUAUAAAGUCACUUCAAAUCAAAAAAAUAUUUUAUACCAACUGGUAAAGAUAUCCAAAGUGCUGAUUUUAAUUACAAUUGAUUUUAAAAAUGGAAGAUUUUGUGUGUGUGGUUCUGAACAUUCAGAUCAUAUAAGGUGUUAAUUUUACAACUUCUGGUUUAGGCCACACGUAUUUUAAUUACAAUUUUGCUUCCUAUUUCUUGGGAGAAAAUAUAUUUUAAAAACAAAAAGAGUAAUUGUUUGCUCUAUUUACAGCAUCAUCUUAGUUCCAUACUUUUAAGUUUUAAAUUUAAAAACACCAUUAUUAUUUAACAAGAUCCAAAAAAACUAAAAAUCAAUAAGCUCUUUAUUUUAUUCUGUAUCAAUAUAUAGUUUAUCCAAUGUGAUAAACAGGCUCUGAAAUAAGUGAUAGAUGGUUGAAUAGUGUAUUAACGGUAAUUAGAUAAUAUUGGUUGGUAUCUAUUUCAUUUAUUGAUAUGUGUAUAGAGAAAAUAUAAAAUGAAUUACAAGUGCUGUCGAUUUUAAAAACAGGUGGUUUUUUUUUUAUCUGCUUCAUCUUCUACACUUGAUUAGAUAAAUUUAUACAAACACAUCCUUCUCUUUUAUCUUUUGAUUGGUGACUCCAUCGUCUUGGUCUGAAGACAUUUCUUUAAAGCACAUGUUGAGUAAUUCACAUAUUGUGAUUGGCCAACUCCAGAUCAACCUAACAAUCAAAACUUGUAGGAUAGAAAAUUCAGUGAAAAUCAUUUAAAAUGUUUUGAUAAAGACAGAGUACCAUCUUCGAAAGGUUGCAUGUUUAUAAACUAGUAAUUGUCAUUCCCUAGUAAAGUUUUGGUGCCACUAUUCAGUUAAUAAAUGUCACUAAAGAGAUAUUGCUGUUGUCAGGCCCAGGAAGUCUUUAGAUGUUAAUGGGGUAACCAAUAAGUAAAGAGAAUGGAUAUUUACUCCAAACAAUGUUGGCCAAUAGAUCAAGAUAAUAUCUUAAUAUUAAGCAGACAUAAAAACUUUUCCUUCUAAUUGUAGAUGUUAACAAAUUGUAAUGAAAUUAUUGUAAAUUAGGGUUUGUAAUGCUAUGUUCUAUAUGUACAAUGGUUGUUUUGGUUUUAAAAUGGCUGAUGGGAGUGGAUGGGUGAGGGGAGAAUUAGGUGGUGAGGAAUAUAUUGUACAUUUUAUCAUUAUAUAGAAUCAUUUCAUGUGUUGUCAUUAUACUGAAGUAAACGUGUUUAUUAUAAUAUAUCUGUUUUGUUACAGAUAAAAAGUUACUAAUGAGAAAUUCAAUUAAAACUAUUUGCUAUAAUGAUAUGCCUCUCUUGUCAUUUAAUUAUAUUAAAGAUAUAUUUACUUA